AUCACAAAAUCAAUGGCAUCAAUCAACAUUCCUCUUCUUACUCCGUACAAGAUGGGAAACUUCAAUCUCUCCCAUAGGGUUGUGCUUGCACCCUUGACGAGAAACAGGUCUUAUGAUAACAUGCCACAACCACAUGCCGUUUUGUAUUACUCUCAAAGAGCGACAGAAGGUGGUCUUCUUGUCACUGAAGCAACUGGGGUCUCAAACACAGCCCAAGGGUAUGUUGAAACACCUGGAAUUUGGACGAAAGAACAAGUGGAAGCAUGGAAGCCGAUCGUGAAAGCUGUACAUGAAAAGGGCGGUGUAUUCUUUUGUCAGAUUUGGCUUGUCGGUCGCGUCUCAAACUAUGGAUUUCAACUCAAUGGUGAAGCUCCGUUAUCCUCGACGGACAAAGAACUAACACCAGGGCUAGCUGGUGGAGACUGGUCUCCUCCUCGUAGACUAAGGACCGACGAAAUCCCAGCUCUGGUAAAUGAUUUUAGGCUAGCGGCACGUAAUGCCAUUGAAGCAGGAUUUGAUGGAGUAGAGAUCCAUGGAGCAAAUGGAUAUAUUAUCGAUCAGUUUAUGAAAGACCAAGUGAAUGACAGAACUGAUCAGUAUGGCGGAAGCCUAGAAAAUAGGUGUCGUUUUGCACUAGAAAUUGUAGAAGCUGUAGCGAACGAGAUUGGAGGUGACAAAGUUGGUAUAAGGUUAUCGACAUUUGCUGAUUACAUGGAGUGUGGCGACUCUAAUCCUGAAGCCCUUGGCCUUUACAUGGCUAAUGCACUUAACAAAUACAAGAUCCUUUAUCUCCAUGUAAUUGAGCCAAGGAUGGUGCAAGUCUGGGACAAAUCAGAAACUCCGUAUAGUACUCUUCCGAUGAAGAAAGCUUUCAAUGGUACGUUUAUUAGUGCCGGUGGUUAUAAGAGAGACGACGGAAAUAAGGCCAUAACCAUCGGUAAUGCAGACUUGGUUGCAUUUGGUCGACUUUUCUUGGCGAACCCAGAUUUGCCUAAGCGAUUUGAACUUGAUGCGAAUCUUAACAAGUAUGACCGCGAUACUUUUUAUAUCCAAGAUCCAAUUGUCGGCUACACGGAUUACCCAUUUCUUGAGGUGUGACGAGGGUAAGAUUAUGUUGUAUAACUAAUAAAAAAAUGAAUAAGAUUUGGAUACCUUGUAUUUUCUUAUUUAAAUAAAUUUCUAGAUCUAGUCGCAGGCUAUGUUGCAUAACCCUUUGAGGUUUGAAAUUUUGAUUUUCUUUCGUGUUCAUUUUGAGAUCAAAUAUGUCAUAUAUUUAUGUUCUUGAUGAAUUUUUAAGCGAUUCCAAA